GCCGGCAGAGCCCGGGCGGGCGGCGGCGGCUGUCGGCGUGCGGGAGCCAGCGGCAGCGGGCGGGCGGCGGGGCCGCGCCCGGCGAUGAGGCACGAAGCUCCCAUGCAGAUGGCAUCUGUUCAAGAUUCCAGAUAUGGCCAGAAAGAUACAUCUGACCAGAACUUCGAUUACAUGUUCAAACUGCUCAUUAUCGGCAACAGCAGUGUUGGAAAAACCUCCUUUUUGUUCCGAUAUGCUGAUGAUUCCUUUACAUCUGCAUUUGUAAGCACAGUUGGGAUCGAUUUCAAAGUAAAAACAGUUUUCAAAAAUGAAAAAAGAAUUAAACUGCAGAUCUGGGACACAGCAGGCCAGGAGAGAUACAGAACAAUUACCACAGCUUACUACCGGGGUGCAAUGGGCUUCAUUUUAAUGUAUGACAUCACAAAUGAAGACUCUUUCAAUGCUGUGCAGGAUUGGUCAACUCAAAUCAAAACAUACUCUUGGGAUAAUGCCCAGGUUAUUUUGGUUGGGAACAAAUGUGACAUGGAGGAUGAACGGGUAAUCUUCACUGAGAGGGGAAAACAUUUAGCAGAGCAACUUGGAUUUGAAUUUUUUGAAACAAGUGCCAAGGAAAACAUUAAUGUCAAGCAGACGUUUGAGCGACUUGUGGAUAUCAUCUGUGACAAAAUGUCAGAAAGUCUGGAGACGAAUCCCACCAUUGCUGCCAGCAACCAGAACACACAGCUAAAGGACACCCCUCCUCCACAGCAGCCCAACUGCAGCUGCUAAUGCAGCUAUCAGCAAAGGCAGCUCCAGUGUGUUCUGUUGCCAACAGAGUAUUUAUGAAUGGUCUAUAUGCCUUUAUUUAUACUGUCUGAUUAAUUUAUUUGGGAGAACAGUCUUGUUUUACAUCAUCAGAUGUUUGAAUAUGCAUAUGGGGAUGGAGCAGUUUUCAGUCUGAAAGGAUGAUGCAUAUUUUAGAAUCUGGCUUUUGCAUGCAGGCUGUAUAUUAAUUUCUCUUUUCUUUUUACUGUUCUACAUCACACUUCAGCUGGUGCCAUGUCCUCAAACCACAUUGGCCUAGAAUUGUCUCUCACUACAUCAGUUAAAAGUUAGGUAGUUCAGUCUUCAGGGUGAUGGUCAGGGUGUUUUGAGUAAGCUUUCUGAUGCUACUUGUACAUUUUCCUGACUGAAAAUGAAUUUAGAAGUAUUCCUGUAGUGAACCAAUCCCUUAUUCUGUCCAGAUCACUUGUACAAGGGACACCUCCUGGAGCACAUUGCCUUGGCAAAUCUACACUCAUUAUGUUACACAUCCUGGCUGACUAAAAUCUGCAGAAAUUAGAAAGAAGUUAGAUCCUGGGCCCAAAACCACCAAAAUUCCCUGUGAAUUUCCAGCUGAAUAUCCAGGAUGUGGAUAUUCAGUCCAGACUCUCAGAGAUAUUAGGUACUUCAUCCUGUUUGGAUAGCUAGUGUAUUUACUUUUACAUAGGAGCUGCAUGUCUAUCUAAUGAUUUUCUGAAACUGGACUUAAUUUCUCAUUCCAUCAUUAUGGAGAUCCCAGUCUUACCUACCCCUGUAGUAGAAGGCUGAUUAGCUCUUUCCAUUUCUGCCUGCAUGAGACAUUAACCACACAGUUUUAUAUUAUGUCUGACAGAGCCAAAUCCAUUGUGCUUGGUUGUUCAUAGCCAAAAACUGCCUUGUCACAUUGCUGUCAAACCUGCACACUUCAGUUUUCAGGAAUUUCACCUCCCAUUCAGUCACUGAGAAAGCUACCACCACACUGGCUACAAAUGUCUGUAUUUUACUCAGACCUAUUGCAGAAGUGCUGAUGGUGUCAGUGAACUAAAGUUUGAUCUCAUUUUUUUCCGUUUAUUUUGGCAAGAGAAUUGGGAUUUUUAAAUCUUUAAGAGUAAUAAAAAAUUGUCAGCCUUUCUAAUAAUAGGCUGAAUACAUUAAAAAGAUCUGCAAAAGGCUGUGAAUUUAGCAGAAUAAAGUACACAAGUUCUUUUAUGAUAAAGUGUUAAAAUAGUUUUAUUUCACAGUUUUUACUCCUCUAGUAAUUGGUGGAAAUUUCUUAAAUCUCUGCCCUGAAGUACUUAGUACAACUGCUUUACUUGCAUCACAGUGACCUUUUUUAACUAAACAGCAUAACUGAACAAGCAAUGAUUAUUUUAUUUUUCCAAUUAGACAGAACUUAAGACAAGGCUGACAUUUUUUAAACUGUCAGCAGUGGUAAAAUUAUCUGAAAAAUGAAAAAAAGGAAGUAACACAUAGUACACCAAAUUACUCACAAUGGCCAAGAAAUCCUUCUGUACAGUUUAUGUUUUUUGAUAUAACUCCUGAUACACACUAAGAGAAAAUGGCCACUUUUAAAACUGAUUAAAUAAUCUACCUACACUUUGACACAGUAGAAAUUACUUCCAAGCAAGGCAUAUAGACACAUGUAAAAUGGAUAUGCCAGGAGGGUUCUACCUGGGUUGCCUAACUUAAAUGAGUAAGUGUUCUUUCUUCAGUCUGGGUUUUUAAACCAUGUCUGUCCUGUUAGCUAGCUUAUUUAAGCACUUCUUUCCCUAGUUGGCAUGGAGACUGAUUUGCCUCCAUAAAGAGAAAGCACCCUCCUGUUUAGAGCAGAUGAGCAGCCGGGUGGAAGAGGUACAUGCUGUCCAAACCAUGAUCCUGUCUCUCCCCAGGGUACUGCUUUCCCCUCCCCAGUUUAAGACAGCAUGUUACUAACUGUGCUGAGAGACUUUCACUAGUACCUUUUCACCCACCAGGUACCAGCUGAUUUGAAAAAACAGAAGCAAUACAAAGCAAGCUUUAUUUGAGAUGGUAGAUGGUUGGUGUGCAGUUUUCCAUGUUUUUCUGAUUAUGUCAGUGAUUCCUGCUCAAGAAAAAGGAGCAGGAAAGCCUUGAGACAGAAUUCAGCUUCAGCUCUCAAGUUCUUUAGACAAACUUUAGGUUGUAUUAUUAGUCUGAACCAUCUCAGGUGAGGAGAGACAUAAUCACGUUGUCAAUGAUCUUAUGCAUAUCCUGAAUCAUGCAGCUUGGCUAGAAAUGCAGAUAUUCUUCCAGCUUUGCUCUGAGAUGCUUGAUGUGAAAUGGUCAUCUGCUGUGCAUAAUGCAACAAGGAGAAAAUACUUCAAGAUGUCCCUUGCUGCAGCCACUCUUUGCUUGUAUUCCAUUGCAAUGAAUUUAAGACCCUCCUUGCCUGGUUAUGACCAUUUAGACUUCAGUCAGUGGUAGAAAUAUAUUAUUAGUAUAUAUCUUUUUAAACAAAUUGUGUGGUAGACACAGUUCUUUACAUAAAUGGGAUUAAUUAAUUGCUUUUCAUUUUGCAUCAAGAGUCUUGGCAGAAGAGUAACAGCAAAACCUAAGAAGGAGAACCCCUGCUUUAUGUUUCUGAGGCAACUAACCUGCCAGGCCUCCACACAUAUUUGGCCUUCUGCAUGAGAUGGGGUGCUGGAGGAAGCAGCUGUCAGAGUAAUGUUGUUCCUUAGAAUUCCAAAAAUGUGUUAAAAGGAAAAAUCUCAUGUGAAGUACAGCAACAGAGCAAGUCAGUAUUUAAAAUCUCCUAGAAACUUUGCACUAACACCCAGACAUUGUCAUGGAGUUCAGAAUUAGAUUAAUUUUUAAAAUGUUCAAAUAAAAUACUUGGAGUUUUUCAAGAUCAGACUGUCUAAAACCCUGGGAAAACCACUCAGCUCUCUCAGUUGACACUGUUUUGAAUAGAAGGUUGGAAAGGAUGACCUGCUGUGGUCCCAUCAAACCUAGUUUAUCCUAUCAUGACUUUCUCUGAAAUUGAAAAUGUGUGGAAAUUCAAUCAGACCUUUUCAAUCUGGGUUAUCUACUGUUGGAAAAGUAGGCUUUGAUUUUCAAUCACAGGUUGGCUUUUGCAGCCACAUGCUUCACAGCAAUAUUGAGUUUUCUGCUAUAAAAUUUGGUCACAUUUAGAUCAUGAGCAUCAUGAUCUCAGUACCCUCUCAACUAGUACUUGCCUUUUUGGAGAAACAGUAAAGACAGAAAAGCUUUUGAGAAGUAACUUACUAUGCCUUCCCUAAAUAUUCCAAGAAUUCUGAGGGGAUUAGCAGUAUUAGAAUUUUCAUUCUAUCUAAAAUUAUGCCUUGGGCUCCUAUGGGGUAGAAUAUCCAAAAGCAGCCUGUGUCAAUCUGGUUCAGCUCCUUUUGACUUACAUGAUAGAACUGCAGUUUUCUUAAAUUCAAGUAGGCCGAACAUAUUUGAAGAACCCGUCACAACUUGAUCAAGGGCCUAAUUUUAAACAGUCAAUGCCUUGUUCUUCACAUAUAUGCAGUAGUCACUGAUUAUUAAUUACUGGAGGACACAAGCACGGUUUGGUUAUCCCUGAUCUAUCCAGUGGUGUGGCACAAUUCCAUCUGGAGCAAGUACCAGGCUACAAAGCACCAAAUUUCGUGAUGAAAGAAGGGAGGGCUCAGAUGAAAACUCAGAUAACAGAAAUGAAACUACUUUCAGCCUCAUCUCAAAUCUUGGUUAAAAAGUUCUUGCACACCUUGCACUAAUUUGUUGUCACUUUCAGCAUAGAAAUAGGAUUGAAUAUCACAGGAAAUCAUUGGUCCAGCCAUAGAUACCCCAUUCAGCUGAGGUUUAUCCACUUGGUGAGAUAAAGCAGUUGAUACACAGAGCAUGUUAAGUUUCUGAGAGAUGAGAUGAGAUGAGAUGAGAUGAGAUGAGAUGAGAUGAGAUGAGAUGAGAUGAGAUGAGAUGAGAUAUGAUGAGAUGCCUUUGGGCAGAGGGUCCUGAGUUCCGUAGUGCCAGCUGAAGCUGAGCUAAUAUACUACACAAUCCAUUUUCCGAGUUAUGAUCUAGACUAAAGCUUAUAGCAGCAGGCUAAUCCUGUGCAUGAGCAAUGCACCAGCCUUAUCAUGCUCUGACAAUGUGUUGCUUCCUGCACCUUCAAGCUACUGAUCAGAAAAUACCUUGGGAGCACCCAGGAGCAUGGGAUUGACUGGUUCCUGUGGUGUCUCUGGCACCAACCUGCUGAACAGCUAGCCAGCCCUGCUGGGUUGAACCUUCAGAUGCAUGUUUUUGAUUCUUUUAAGAGUUCAUGUUCACAAGUUACAAGUGCAACUGACUUAAUACUGUAUCUGUUAUUUUUGGUGGUGGUGGUUAGUUUAUUUAGAUUUGUUCAUUUGGUGUUUUAAAUACAUGUGAACUAGCCUAAUUUUCUGUCAAAAAAUACUCUUUCUCUCUGAACAGCUGUGUAAGUGACUGUUACCUGGAACUGUUUGUUCCUUUGUGCUUAUACUUAAUGUAAUGCCUAGAGAAAUCACCUGAGCAACUAAAUCUAUGUGGCCUUUUCCAGAGCACCAGUCUAAAAGAUUAAGUUUUCUUCCCUGUCUUCUCAGCUCUUUAUAUUCAGCUGUACCACCUGCCCCUUUUUUUUUUUUUUAGAAAUGAAGUGCUAUUUCAGGAUGCACAAAAUUUGCUGGAGUUUGAUCCUAACUUUGAGAAUGCUUUGAGUUUGCCAUUUUUAGGAAAAAAAAGUCACAAAAAUUCUACGUUUGGUGGUUAUGCAUUUGUUUCUUCAGAGCAGACAAAUGAUGUUGCAAUUGCAUUCCUAGAGAAGCCCCCUUCCAAACUUCACCCCUCCCAGCUAUUUUUUUCUUCAUUCGUUUUUUUAGAAGUAAGUUUUUUUAUUUACAUUUUUACAGGCAUCAACUAAAUUUCAGUUCUGAUGACAGAAUGAUUCCUCCUUGGCCUGUUUCAUACAGACUCACAAUGUAUAAGCCUAAUUCUUCUUUAGCUUGAGAGAUUUAGCAAUAUGAGACCAUGAGUUUGAAGCCUUUUAGAUAAACCGUCAGGGGGUGUAAAGCAACAUAUCUUAAUGCAACUUAACGCAAUGAGGAAUAAGUUGUGUUAAUUUGCACCAUCAAUCCAUACAUUCUGACUCCGGAUUCUCCAAGGUUGAUCACUUGUCAAGUCUCAUUUAAAAAUGCAACUCAUUUCAAUUAUUUGAAAGAACUCUACCAGUUUUAUUCAGGGGUAAAUGUAGUUCACCUUUGCAAAUUAACCUUUGGUUUUUUUUUUCCUUUUGUUUAUCCAUGGAUGUUCAGUGAAGCAGAAUUUGUGAUUACAGACAUAUUAUAUACACAUGUACACAGUAGUACAUCUUUGAUACUCAUUCAUUUCCCAAUGUUACAUGUUCAUAUUCAGUGCCACCUUUCCCAAAUUUAUCCUUAAAUUGUCAUUACCACUGGAAAUCAAAUGCAUUACAUUUGAAGAUCAUAGUUUAUUUUCCAUGGUUCCAGCAGAGGUAGAUGGCUUGUCAUUUGUACAAUAAGGUACUUGAAGGUACUUGGUAUCUGAUCCAUGGGGGAAGCAAAACUCCUAAUUUUCCUAUAACUUCAUGUUCACCCAUAACAGACAAAAAUGAAAGUUAGAGAUUGUUUACCACUUCUAGUGAUAGAUUUCCUCGAGUAAUUCUGACAUGUACAUGCAACUAGUGAUAUAUGAAAUGUUUGUGCUGUAAGUCCUGUUUGGUAUUUUGUCAGUAGUGUCAGAUGUGUUGUGACUCGGUUGGACUGUCACAAUGUGUAACCUAUAUACUAGUGUUCGUGGAUUUCAAAUGUCUUACAUGUUGCAUGAAAAAAAUGUUAUAAAAUAGGUAUUUUUUCUAUUUUUUAAUACCUCAAGACUGAGGAAUCAUGGGCCAAUAAGUGCAAUAUUCAAUUAUUUACUCAGUGUAUAUAAACUUGUGUGAAAGGGAGAAGCAUCAUGUAUGUGUGAUAAGCUGUUGAUGAUGCCUGUGUGGCUUAAGAUUUCUGGUAUAUGUACACGUCUUGUAGAAAAAUUAUAUAGUAAACACUUUACCAGUGUAGUGUAAGAAUAUUCUAAGUAACUUAAACUAUAUUUCACAUAUGAGAUUAUGGUUAAAGAUAUUUGUAUGUUUACUGCAAGUGCAUGUCAAUUUUACUUUUAGAGUUCUGAGUGUCCUUUUUUGGAAAUUGUCAUGUUACACCAAACACUAGUGGGACAGCACCUUCAGUCAGAAAAACCAUUUCUAAACUGUCUGCCUAUAUUUUUUAAAGCAUGUUCUAUAAAAGCAUUAAAAGAACCUCUUAGAGCUCAGCAUUUAUGGUGAGUUAGUUAUUUAUUCUUAAAGAGUCAGUUACAUGCUCUGUCUGCCUGUAUUGCAUAAUAUCAUGUGGGCAUGUUUUCUUUAAUCUGAUACAGUUAACUCAUAAUACUUACCUGAGAUAUUAUAUAGGGGUACCCAAAAUGCUUGCAGAUGACUUGCCAAACUUCAGUUGGUGCCCUGGUUUGAUAUGUUUGGGAACAGCUUGAAGGUCACAGUCAGCAGCACAGCAGACUGGAAGGUGAUCUUAAUUAGUCACUUUUGACAAUUAAGUUUCUUAACUUCUCUAGAUCCUGAAGAUGGAAGAUACAUCUUAAAGAUACUGACCCACAUUCUUCACUCUGCUUUUACAUGGCCUUCAAAGUUGAACAAUUCCACUAUUAGGAGUAAAGCUGAGGUACAAAUGGAAACAAAAUGCAGGCCUGAAUCUAACCAUGAAAUUAAAAGGAGACCAAUAAUUUAUUUUUUCCUGCUUCCUUGCAUAAUUCUAAUGGUUCUCUAAGAACAUGAGCAAGGCCAUCAGUACUUAGCAACACCUUUGGGUACAUCUGGGACCUUAAAUCCUGAAUCACUGAUCUGCCAUGGGUUCCCAGCUGUGCCCACAGAGUCUGCAGACAAGCUCAUUCUGUUAAUUCUUGCUGCAUCUCUGGUUUCAAAGGCAUGUGUCAUCUGCAUUGGGGAUUUGCUAGAGACAGGCCACUGAGUCUGGGCCAUGGGGAGGAAUUGGUUUUGCCAGACAAUUUUCCUAAAAGUGUUUAUCCAUAAGUACCACACUAAAAGGUACAUAACUAGAUUCUUAGUUUUAUCUGACGCAUUUUUGUGACAAUGUACAAGGUUGAUUUAGGUAUGGUUGUUUGUUGCUUUGUGUUUUUUUAAUUUGCUUGAUCUGGAAAAGAAUGAAAUUCUAAGGUCUACUGGAAACCAGUAUCAUGGGUUUUCUUUCCAAUGUCAUCUAAUACAUUCUCUAAGAAAGCAAAGUACCCAAAUUGCAUUAAGUAGCACAGGACAGUACUUGCAAUUACCUGAAAAGUCCUUAAAAACCCCUUUUUUUUGUACCUAAUGCCAUUAAAACGUCUGCAAAAUUAUACAGACCACAGUGAAAUAAAAUGUAUGCAGAUAAAAAUUGGGGAUUGCUUAAUAUAAAAAGGAAAUUCUUGGCAUCAUUGUUGCUGAGCAACAAAGUGAGAGUCAUAAUAUGAGGUACCACUAAAACGGAGAUACACAGCCCUGACAGUUCAAGGGCUGGCAGAUAAUUUUAUGUAGCUUUUUUAUAAUUCCUCAUAGAUGUAUGAUUACAUGCACAAAGAUAAAUGCUUACCUUGAUAAUAUGUAGCUGUUUCCCUCAAACUAACUUGUUUGCUAAACUGUUCUUGAAGAAAAAUUGAAGUACGUGUUUAGGAUACCUUUGUGAGGGGGUGAGACUCAAUCUGUGCCUUAUCCCCUGACUCUUACUGUGAUAUAGCUACUGUGGUUUUAAAAAUAUGUUAGCUAAAAUGCUGCUGGGUGAUAAAUUUUGUGAAUCUUCUCCAUACAUCCAUGGAAGCUCUUGUCUGAAUGUUCAGUACAAGUGUUAUCCACAUAGAGUUUUAAUUCUGUGCAGAUGUAGAGACCAUGUGUAUUCCAUUGGAUAUUCUGUUUGUAUGUGACUUCUGUAUACCAAGUGGAUUUUGUUUGUUUAAUUUUUUUGCUGAAACUGUUUUGUUAGUUUUUUUUUUCCUUUUGCAAUUACAAUAAAUAUUCAAGAGACUAUAUUCACGAA